AUUCUCAAAACCCCAGCCCCCAGGGCGAUAAGCACUGAACAACUUCCCAUGCAUGCCCUGAAAGCUCCAGCGCAAUUGGCAAAUUCAAUUCCCUCCCACCAUCCAAAGCAGCAAACCCAAGAAUGCUUCUCUAUUAAACACCCAGGAGCUGGAAAAAACCAAAUAAUUUUUCUACUACAAAACCCCCCUCCCUCUCCCCCCGAAACAGCCAAAAGCCUGUAACCAAAUCCCACCCACCUCCAUGCUUACCACCACCCCCCUCCUCUUCCUCCUUCUCCUCCAUACCUCCCUUGCUCUUAACCAAGAAGGCCUCCUCCUACUCCGAGCCAAGCGAGGCCUCGACGACCCCCUCAACUCCCUCUCCGACUGGGACCCACGUGACCCCACCCCAUGCAACUGGACCGGCGUCUCCUGCCGCCCCUCCUCCGGCGGCGGCACCGCCACCGUCUCCGCCGUAUCUCUCCCCUCCCUCGGCCUCUCCGGCCCCUUUCCCUCCCCUCUCUGCCACCUCCCUAACCUCUCCUUCCUCUCCCUCGCCUCCAACUCCCUCAACUCUUCCCUCCCCUCCUCCUCCCUCCUCCCCUGCCCCUCCCUCUCCCACCUCGACCUAUCCCAAAACCUCCUUGUCGGCCCUCUCCCAACCUCCCUCCCCCUCCUGCCUUUCCUCUCCUAUCUCGACCUCUCCGGCAACAACUUCUCCGGCGAUAUCCCCCUGUCCUUCGCCACCUUUCCUCGGCUCCAAACUCUCUCCCUCGUCGCCAACCUCCUCUCCGGUCCCCUCCCCCACUUCCUCUCCAACCUCUCCUCCCUCCAAGUACUCAACCUCUCCUACAAUCCCUUCUCCCCCUCCCCGCUCCCCCCCUCCUUCGCCGAACUCGCCAGCCUACGCGUCCUCUGGCUCGCCGGUUGCAACCUUGUCGGCCGCAUCCCCCCCGCCAUCGGCCGCCUCGCGAAUCUCAUCGACCUCGACCUCUCCUCCAAUUCCCUCGAUGGUCCGAUCCCCGCCUCCCUCGCCGGACUCUCCUCCGCUGUCCAGAUCGAGCUCUACUCCAACUCGCUCUCCGGUCCCAUCCCCGCCGGUCUAUCUAACCUCACCAACCUUCGGUUCUUCGAUGCCUCCAUGAACCAGCUCUCCGGCCCCAUCCCCGACGACAUCUUCCUCGCUCCCAAGCUCGAAAAUCUUAACCUUUACGAGAAUAACCUCACAGGACCGAUUCCUUCCACCAUUUCCCGCUGCCGGAAUCUUGGUGAUAUCCGGCUGUUCUCGAACCGGCUCUCGGGGCCUCUUCCUGCGGAUUUUGGCAAGAAUUUUCCGCUUGUUUUUAUCGACAUUUCGGAUAAUUCCUUUUCCGGGGAGAUUCCGGCCGGAAUUUGCGCACAGGGGAAACUGGAAGAGCUUUUGUUGCUGGAUAAUUUGUUCUCCGGGAGUAUUCCGGAUCCCCUUGGCCGUUGCCGGAUGCUGACGCGAGUCCGGCUUAAGAACAACCGGCUGUCUGGCGAGGUACCCAAUGCAUUCUGGGGGCUGCCCCAUGUUUAUUUUCUCGAGCUUGCCGGAAACUUUCUAUCAGGUGGGAUUUCUCCGGCGAUCUCUGGUGCCAGCAAUCUCUCCCAGCUUCUGAUAUCUGACAACCAGUUCAGCGGCCCCAUUCCAGUGGAGAUUGGAGCUCUGUCAAAUCUGUAUGCAUUCUCGGCCGCCAACAACCGGCUGACAGGGCCACUCCCGGCGUCUCUUGGGAGCUUGGCACAGCUGGGGGAGCUUGAUCUUCACAACAAUUCACUCUCCGGCGAGCUUCCCACAGGAAUUCAGUCGUGGAGGAAGCUCAGCCAGCUGAACCUCGCCGACAAUGACUUCACCGGAGAGAUCUCGCCGGAGCUCGGGGAUCUGCCGGUACUCACCUACCUCGACCUUUCUCGCAAUGUUCUCACUGGAGGGAUUCCGACACAGCUGCAGAACCUUAAACUCAACCAAUUCAACCUCUCAAAUAACCAUCUUUCCGGAGCCAUCCCUCCCCUGUUCGCGAGCAACACCUAUAUAAACAGCUUCUUGGGGAAUCCGGGCCUGUGCAAGGCCUUGACUAAGCUCUGCCCAAGCCCUCAUGGUGCCACCGAUAGGCACCAUGGUUUCGUUUGGUUACUUCGUGCAAUCUUCAUACUCUCCUCCGUUAUCUUUGUUGCCGGGGUGGCAUGGUUCUACCGGAAGUAUAGGGAUCACAAGAAGGCAGCGCUUGGAAUGGACAAAUCCAAAUGGACCUUAACAUCAUUCCACAAACUGGGUUUCAGCGAGUAUGAGAUCUUGGAUUGUCUCGAUGAAGACAAUGUGAUCGCGAGCGGAGCUUCUGGGAAGGUGUACAAGGCAGUGCUUAGCAAUGGGGAGAUUGUCGCCGUGAAGAAGCUCUGGGGUAUGUCGAAGAAAGAGAAUGACGACAUGGAUCAAAGUGCGGACGAUGGCUUUGAAGCGGAGGUCACAACGUUGGGGAAAAUCAGGCACAAGAACAUCGUAAAGUUGUGGUGCUGCUGCAACCAUAAGGACUGCAAACUUCUAGUUUAUGAGUACAUGCCAAAUGGGAGUUUGGGAGACUUGCUUCAUAGCAACAAGGGGGGUCUGUUGGAUUGGCCAAUUAGGUAUAAGAUUGCAUUAGAUUCGGCUGAGGGACUCUCAUACCUGCACCAUGACUGCAUGCCGCCGAUCGUCCACAGAGAUGUUAAAUCAAACAAUAUAUUGUUGGAUGGGGAGUUUGGUGCAAAGGUGGCGGAUUUCGGGCUCGCAAGGACCAUUGGAAAGGGAUCGAAAUCCAUGUCUGCCAUUGCUGGCUCGUGCGGAUACAUUGCCCCAGAAUAUGCAUACACUCUCCGGGUGAAUGAGAAGAGCGACAUAUACAGCUUUGGCGUGGUGAUUCUUGAGCUAGUUACUGGGAAGCUCCCUGUAGAUCCUGAGUUUGGAGACAAGGACCUAGUGAAGUGGGUCUGCACCACGAUGGAGCAAAAAGGGGUCGACCAUGUAAUUGACCCCAAGCUCAAUAUCUGCUUUAAAGAUGAGAUGUGCAAGGUCCUCAACAUUGGUCUCCUUUGCACCAGCUACCUCCCAAUCAACCGCCCAUCGAUGAGGCGCGUUGUAAAAAUGCUGCUUGAGGUGAGGCCUGAGGAGAAGACCAGGCACAAACCUGAGAUGAAGGAUGGGAAGCUGUCUCCGUGUUACUACUACGAAGGCAACUCUGAUCAGGGUAGCAUUGUCUAGAUGGUCGAUAAUGUUGGUUGGAGAGAUGAAUGGGGAGCUCUCUUCUUUCCUUCCUUCCUUGAUCCGUAUUUAAGAAGGUUUGAUCCAUGGCAUUUUGGUGGAAAAUUUUGAAGCAGGCAUACUGUGCUGGCUUCUAUUGGAAAUGAUUUUGUCAUUCCAGCACUAUGUGUCUAUGUCUGAGGAAGAGGUAGAAGAUAAGGCAUCUUGCUGAUACUGUUCGAGUCUUUUUUUUUCUUUCUUUCUAUUUGUAAUAUAUGCUUAUUUCUCCCUCAGAACAGGUUGCUAUCAGGACGAAGACAAGGAAUUCUGUCACUAGUAGACAAUGGAAAUGUGUGGCGAUCCACCUUUUGUAUGUCUCAUUUGGGUGCCUUGAAACGAGGCAAAGCUGUGUUCUCUGCAUUCACCACCACACUGGAAAAGUAUAGUACAUUUGUCUUA